AUGUUUUUCCCAUUUCGACAGUGUCUCGAAUGUGUGCAGGGUCCCAGUUUCACAGCAACCCCGUCGUAUGCGCAGUUACGCGAGGAUGCCAGGGCAAUUAAGCUGAGUACCAGCCACAUGGGUGAGAUUUGUCAUUUUGUUUUUUGGAUUUAGAACACAACAUGUAGAAGAUAAAGAAGCUUAUAUGUUGAAGACACAAUAAAAGCCGUUUUUACAAAAACUCAAUUUCAGGACCAGAUGUGGUACUGCUAAAAAAUGGCUCGAGGAUUUGUGGAACCGGCGCUUCCCUCGCCACAGCUCCCAUUGUCCAAAACAAGGCCUACUUCCAAGUGGAUAUUACACAAUCCGGUCAGUCCACAUGGAAUAAGGAAAGAGCGAGGGGCGUGGUCUUGUAGUGUAGUGGUUAUCACGUCUCCUUCACACGGAGAAGGCCGCCGGUUCGAACCCGGCCAAGACCUAACCCUUUUUUGGGGCUCUUAACUUUUGCUAUAGCCAAAAAAAUACUUUUUUGCUUUACAGGUACCUGGGGCAUUGGCCUUGGCCACAGAUCGGUGGAACUGGGGCAUGUACCCGUUGAUGAAUUUGCCUGGACUUUGAGGAAUACAGGCGAAUUAUGGGCAAAUGGAGAACUUGUUGGGAAAACGGACAUCCCCUUGAAUGAAGGAGACUCAGUUGUAAGUCUUACAAUUAGUUAGGCUGAUCUACAGAGCAAUAAAAACAUCUUUUUUAUAAUUAAUUCAAAACAGAGUAUACAUAUAUUUCUCAUAAAAAACGCUCCAUUUUUCAGACGGUUACUUUUGAUCACGUUGAACUGAAAUUCUACCGAAACAACACGCCUAUUCCCUUCUCAAUAACGAACGUCCGUGGGCAAGUUUUUCCAUUGUUCUUUGUUGCGGACAACGCCAUUCUUGAUGUUAAGUUCCGCAACACAACAUGUCAAGUGCCGGCCGGUUACGAGGAGAUCAUGCUUGAGCAGACCUUGCUUUAA